UGACAAGAAAAUCAAAAUUUUAUUUCAGAAAAACUUGUGCCAGGUGAAGAUAAAAACACAAUUUUCCUGAAAAUGGCAGCAGCUCUUAUGCACUCAAUUCGUCGUCAUAUUGCUACAACAGCAAUUAAGCAACAAGGAACAGCAGCAACCGCUGGAGAACAUUCAGGUGGCUACAAACUAUGGAAGCGAUUGACCAUCUUUGUUGCAAUGCCAGCUGUUGGCUUGUGCAUGUUGAACGCUUAUCUUAAGCACCAGGAACACGCACACCACCCACGUCCAGCAUUCGUCAAGUACGAAUACUUGGGUAUCCGAAACAAGCGUUUCCCAUGGGGUGAAGGCAACAAGAGUCUUUUCCACAAUCCAAAGGUCAAUGCCUUGCCCGAUGGUUAUGAGACAUAGAAAGUUGGGAGCCGUUUGAAAAGUCGAUGAGGAUAAUUUCCAGAAAAAAACACAUUUAAGCUAGAGCCAUGUAAUUAUUAUCGAAAAGUAAAAUACAUAUGUGUUCUCAGUAAA